AUGGAUGAGAGGAUGGUAGAGGCUGCCCAAACAGGAGAUAUUAACCUCUUGUAUGAGUUGAUUCUGAAUGAUCCAUAUGUUUUAGAUCGUAUUGAUCCUGUGCCUUUUUCUCAUACUCCAUUGCAUGUAGCAGCUUCUGCUGGGCAUAUUGAGUUUAUGAUGGAGAUGAUUAAAUUAAAGCCAACGUUUGCAAGAAAGCUAAACCAAGCUGGGUUUAGCGCCAUGCACUUGGCUCUGCAGAAUGACAGAACUCAAGCAGUGCUUCGACUCCUCAGUGUCAAAGGGAGGGAGGACCUCACUCCUCUGCACCAUGUGGUUCAAACAGGAAAUGUUGAUCUUUUGGUCAAGUUACUUAAGGUUUGUCCUGAGGCUAUUGCAGAUGUGACUGUUCGAGAUGAGACGGUAUUCCAUCUUGCUGUGAAAAACGACAUGUUUGAAGCUUUCCAAGUCUUGGCAGAGCAAUCAUUGGUAACAACGGAAUUGAGCAACAGGAGAUUGAAAAAUGGAGAGGCUUACAUUGACAAGGGAGAGGUGAAACGGGAGAUUCCUAGGGUUUCAUUGCUGCUGCUGCUGGGGCAGGGAUUCUGA